GCCGGGUUGCGAUUGACGUCAACGGGCAAACACGCUGAAUAGAUUUUAGUCAGAACACUGCAGAGGAGUGUACACAGUAGAGGCACACGCAUCUCUUACUUACAGCAACGGCAGAGCCUGGAGAAUCGAGGUAGAGGUGUUCCGGUUUAUCUGACAGAGAACACGUUACUGGCAAGGGGAACUAACAACACUGAGAACCCGGAACAAAAGCGCUGCUGAAAUUUUAGGUAAAGAAUACACGCAUUUCUGUAGCAGUGCUGCAGGACAGAGCGACGCUGUUUGGGAGCUAAGCAUGGCUAUAUAAAAAUUGACAAUCCAGAGAAGACCUCUGCUCCCUUUGGAACAUACAUAAAAAAAUAAACAACGCCAACAUGGCAUCCUCCAAGAGUGGUUACGAAGGGAAGAUAGCUGGCCUGUAUGACCUCGACCGGACGUUGGGUAAAGGUCACUUCGCCGUGGUCAAGCUGGCUCGCCACGUCUUCACAGGUCAGCUGGUGGCAGUCAAGGUCAUCGAUAAAACCAAACUGGACAGCAUGGCGGCUGGGCACCUACUCCAGGAGGUGCGCUGUAUGAAGCUGGUGCAGCACCCCAAUGUGGUUCGCCUGUACGAAGUUAUCGACACGCAGACCAAGCUCUACCUGAUUCUGGAACUGGGCGAUGGUGGCGACAUGUACGAUUACAUCAUGCGUCACGAGGGGGGAGUCUCUGAAGACCUGGCCAAAGUGCACUUUGCUCAGAUCGUGUGCGCCAUCUCCUACUGCCACCGGCUCCACGUGGUUCACCGGGACCUCAAGCCCGAGAACGUGGUCUUCUUUCGGCAGCAGGGGACGGUCAAGCUGACUGACUUUGGGUUCAGUAACCGUUUUCAGCCUGGCACCAUGUUGAUGACCAGCUGUGGCUCUCUGGCCUACUCUGCACCCGAGAUCCUGCUGGGAGAGGAGUACGACGCACCCGCUGUGGAUGUCUGGAGCCUGGGGGUGAUUCUUUACAUGCUGGUGUGCGGACAGCCACCUUUCCAGGAGGCCAAUGACAGCGAGACUCUAAUCAUGAUCAUGGAUUGCCGGUACACAGUUCCUGCGCGCAUCUCCCCAGAGUGCAAAGAUCUGAUCUCACGCAUGCUUCAGCGGGACCCCCUGAAGCGAGCAUCGCUGGAGGAGAUCGAGAGUCACCCAUGGCUCAAUGGGGUGGACCCUUUGCCCACCAGCCGCACCACCGUCCCUCUCACCUCCUACAAGAGCAUCUCCGAGGAGGAGCACGAGAUCAUCAUCCAGGCCAUGACCUGCGGCCACAUCGCUGACCGGGACACCAUCCAGGAAGCUCUGGAGGCUGAUCGGUAUAACCACAUAACUGCCACAUACUUUCUUCUGGCUGAGAGGAUCCUCCGGGAAAAGCAAGAUCGACCAGGACAGACCCCGAGUGCAGAGUGCAACUGGGCAGAACCAGGUCAAAACAGACGGCCUCUCUCUGAACCCCUGGAUUUGGGAAGACCGCGGGAGCUGACUGGUGGAGUGUCGAUGUUGUCAUCUUCGGAGAUCCCAGACUCGGCUGUUGGGCCCUACAAGGACUUCACUGAGCAAACUGAAACUGACAGCAGGAAGUCCUUGACAAUCCCCAUCAACAGGGAAGAGGACAACCCUCUCAGUGGUCAUGGAGUCGGGCAGCAAAUGGGACUGUUCUUACGGUCAAGUGGGUCAGGGGAGCUGUCUUCUGGGAGAAACAUCUGUGCCCUGCAGCAGAUCUGUGAGGAGGAGGAAGAGGAAGAGGAGGAGGAAGCAACAUCAGUUGCAUUGCCAGAUUUGAACUGCAAGGCCCAUAAUCAGAAUUUGGGUUGUGCUCCUCUGAACAACCAAGAGCAAACAGAAGGAGCAAAACACUUAGUUUGUGGAGAAUUAAGAUUCUGUCCUCGCUCUAAAGAAUGCAACAAAAAUACAAGUUCUGUGGAAGGGCUAGGAGAUAUUUUUGAGGAGCAAGAUGAUAUGGAAGGAAGCCAGGGUCUAGAGGGCAAGGAAGAACUGGAGCAAGACAGACAUCUUCUAAAAAACAGAAGUGAUCAAGGUGGUCUGAAUGUAGAAAGCAACGAAGCACUACACCAUAACAUUCUUGAAGGCAAAGAAGGUUUAGAAUUUCAGGAACUUAAAGGUUGCACAGGUCUGGAAGUUAAUGGGGAUCUAGGAAGCAAGCCAUGCCUUUAUGUUUAUACAUGUCUAGAGGGGCAGACAGUUAUUGAAGGAAACAAGCAUAUGGAAGAUAAAAGCCUGGAAAAGCAGAAUGUUCAAGAAGAACAUUUUCCAGAAAGUCGUAAAAAAGUAGGUGACCAUGAAAGUACUUGGGAACAACCAGAAGGCAAGAAUGGUUUAGAAAGCCAGAUCAUGUCAGCAGAAUGCCAGAAAAUUUUAGAAGACCCUGUUAGACAAUGUAAGGAAGUUGAAAAAGAUCAAGAUUUAGAGGAAAUCGGAGUGCAAGAACAACACAAUUUAGAGAGACAAGGUGUUUUAGACAAUCACAAAGUUCCAAAGGGUCGGAGCUCACAGAAUCCAGAGAACCAAAACUAUCCAAGCACAGAACGCAACAGUCUUGACAAAAGCAGCUGCAGUGAUUCUCAGACAGUUGUCGAAGUACAGAACGAGAAAACCCUAUCUAAUUGCAUUAGGAGUAGGACGCAGUGCUGCCAAGGAAAGCCCAAGGAGGCAAGCCCAGAGAAUGGAGAAGAACCCGUGAAGGAGCACAACAACAACACACCCAAGGUGGAGCAGAAAACCACAGCACCAUCUGGAUCACCGAAGACCUUCGUCAAGAACCAUUGUGUCGACACAGGUCCGGCUGCCCUUGAACUCCAAGUAAGUUCACUUACCAAAGACAACAUCUCUAUUCGGCCCCUGGACAGGGAGCGAUGGGGUCCCCAGGACAGGGAAGAUGGUGAGAGUUCUUGUUUCAAGAGCCCCAGGAGGGUCGCUGGGGGUAAAGAGUCCACUUUUUCCAGCCAGGGGGGCGUAUGCCUGGCAACUAGCUACGAAAUGGGUCCAGAGCCAAUGAUCAGGAUUGAUCCGGCCAAAAACAAGAAUGUGAAUCUGAGGGACCGGCUUCUACAGUUCCCUUUGUGCGAGAAAGCCCUUUCAUUUAAAAUCAAGCCCAGCUCGAAGGAAAGUCUGAUGCCAUUUGGACAGUUUAAUUGCUGCCAUGUACUAUAGACAGGGUCAGAGUGAUUCUGUAACUGGCCACAUGAGAUGGCCAAGGAUUGAGCAGGACAUCCAAAUUUUAUUUUAUUGUAUACUAUAGACAAAAUGGGAGUUAUCUCCAUGUGAGACUAUUUAGAAUUGUAUUGUAUUUUAUUUUAUUGUACACCAGAGGCUGAAAUAACUUCUGUCAAUCAUUUUCCUAGAUUGACUAGGAUGUACUGAUCUUAUUAUAGAAACUGGACUGACUUAACUAAUAUGCAGCUAUUUCUGAUUACUGUAUUUUAAUCCAUACUGUGAUAUAUUAGUUUUCAAAUCGGGAUAACUACUUGUGAAUGCAACUAUUUCAAUCAGUAGGGCUAAUUUUAUUUACAGAAAACCCUGCUUUAGCUUUUCUAACAUCAGCUGGCUGAAUGAUCUGUACUGAUGUAAAACUAACCAGGGAGUUUAACACUGCAUGCUAGGAAUGCUUGACUGGUCUGCCUUGCUUGAGGGAAUUCUUCAUCAGAGCCCUAAUCCUGCCUGAAGUUAGUUUCCAGGUCUGGCUUUAAGGGAUAGCUUCUUCAGUCACGAGGAAGAAAAGCAGUAGCUGAGAAUGCCCCACACCAGUGUUCAGGAAGCAGGCAACACUGACGGCCAGUAGUGACGUGUGGAAGCUGGUGGCUGUUCCAGCCCUACACCUUUAAGCGAUUUUCAGUGCAGUUGAGAUCAGAAGGGGAGAAACUGGGGCUAAAAACAUCCAUAAACUGUUAGUAGCUUGUUUCCAUUUUGGCACUGAUUCUGAUAGAUGCAUGAUCUAAUAAAGAUCUUGACAGCCGUUUUGAAGAUUGUUUUGAGAUAUGUAAAUUUCUUACCUCGACAUGACCUCCCGAUCUCCAUGUCGCUUGGGUCAAGAGAAAGAACCAGAUCCCUUUCCCAGAGAUCCUUUUUAUAAUCCUCAUUGGCACCAAAUACGUGCUCCUCCUCUAUAAAACCCCCCCGUACCCAAGUCAGGUUGUCCAAAUUUCUCCUGUGUUUGCUUGGGAAGGACUAACAUGUGUUCUGCUUUAUUAUUUUUGUUCAGGAAUAGUAUAGGGCUAGGAUUUUUUUCUACUUCAUUUUUCUGCUGCUAUGCCUUCCAUCUGUUUUAAGUGUGGUUCCCCACUUUCUCCAUCUUCUAACACAAAUUUAUGUCAGUCACACCAACUCACAAGGAAGUUUCUUCCCCUUUGUUGGGUCACCGUUCUGAUAAAGGUCAUUCUACACCCUCUACUUCUAAAAAAGGCAGGCAGCCCCAGAGAACAAGGUUCAGGUUUUUCUCCUCCAAGGAAAAGAACGAGAAAAUCCACACACUCCCGCAGCAGCAAGGAGAGAGACGUGCUGGUGAAAUCAGCGACCACCAUUACGGAGGCUCCAGCCACGGCUCAACCAUCCCCUCCGCAGCUACCAAUGCCUAAAGAUCUCUUUUUUUCAAUGGCUAAAGGAAUAUGAACAGUUAAAACAGGCUUAACCUUUACAGCCUGUAGCUCACACAGCAAGUUCUGGUACCGCUGCACCCGGAAGUACACAGAAGCAAUACCUGCUAGGUGCCCCCACCCUAGGAGAUGAUGAUGUCAUUGACUCCGCCCCCGAGGAGGACGUUUUUGAAUACACAGAUGCAGAUGCCGUACUGAGAAGGAUUUCAUCCUCUGUCAACGUACAAACCCAAACCCAGAUGAAGAGAAAUAGUCUCUCACCCCAACACAGUCUCUAAUCUUCCUGGGAGCACAGUUCUCAGGAAGAGUUUACCUCAGAGAGGACAGAGCUGCUACAAUCCAACAGUUUUUGGGGCACAUGGCAGCAUCAGUCUUCCUACUAAGAGACGCAGCGUUACAUAGGAGACGCACGCAAAGGUGCCUCCUUUCUUCUUGGAACCACACUCCCAGUGCAUCAGGGUCUCCCCAGGGGCAGCCACAGAAGCCAGAUGGUGGCAGCUUUCACCUCGGGUAUGUAUGGGGAGGCCGCUACCUCCACAUCCGUCUACAUACAGACGCCUCCCUGUUGGGAUGGGGAGCACACCUAGAAGUCACUCCGGUCCAGGGCACGUGGUCACCCAAACAGAAAUCUCGCCACAUAAAUUAUUUGGAGCUCUUAGCAAUCUCCCUGGCACUAAAGCACUUCACCCCAAUAUUGAAACAAAAAAACAGUACUGAUCAUCUUUUAAAGCCCAUUUAUUUGCCAUAACAUGUUAGUUGACUUACAGGUAAUAGGACCACCUAGUUGCAAAUGUGACACUUAAACUGGGUACUAUUAUUGUACAUGUAACACAGAAAAUGAAUCUUUAGGACCUAGUUUAAAAGUUUAGGACAACUGCAAAAGUGUAAGGAAUACAUUACUUUUAUAAAUUAAAUUAUAAUUAGUUAUAAUUAAAAAUUGUAAACUACUUUUAAGCCUCUAAGUAAAUUAUUAGCGAGUUCAUCCUUAAAGCUUUGAAUAGGGCCUUUUGUAGUUUUCACCUAUGGGUGAGAUUGGUGUUCGGUAUGUAAGUUAUCUGCUAUAUGCUGUAGUUACACAGUGGGGCUGCUGUAAGGUGUAUAGCCCCAGAGAUUACUCUAAGGGUCUGAAUUUCAAAUUCUGGUAUUCACUAAAUGAGGAGUUUGUUAACAGUCUCAGGUUGUUUUUGUUUUUUUAUUUGUUUUACAAUUGUACAUUUUGUUUUUAUUUUUCUCUUCAGAAAUAAAUGCGCUAAUAACAAUUUAGAGUAAAUAGCUUUGAGAGUCUAGCCCAAUAUGUAUAUCAAGUAUAUGGACACAACAAAUAAUUUGGUACAUUUUCGGUUUAUUUCAGUAGUGAAAUUGUGUAACUUGGCAAUCUUUAAAAUAUAGGCUCUGGGUAUCACUCCCUCCCUCCUGCUUGCUGCACUACUGUAACCUGGCUUUAAGUGCUGUUUGAUGCUCUGCUUUGACAUAUAUGUGACGGUAGAUUGGAAAACCUAACUAAAAUCUUGAUCUUUUGAGAUUCAUUUAUUUUUAUAUUUAUUUAUCAAAUAAUAUUUAACCAGAAAAACCUGAGUCGGAUGAGUGUCUUGUUUUAAUGAGCGUCCACAAAGAUGCACUUACCCUGAAGCAGACAAUUCAGAUACAUGCCUUCAUCCCUAGGGCGGUUCACGGUGUAGUUUUUCUACAUGUUCACGUUCAAAAUUCAGACAAGUAUUCAAAUAUUCGUUCAUUUACAAAACAUAAUCAAAGCCAUUCUAUGUAACACUGUAUUACAGUAAAAUAUAUAUAUAUAUAUAUAUAUAUAUA